AUGUCAAGCGAAUUCUACUCUCGGCUUUCUUCUGAUUUCGCUAAAAUGUUACAGGAUGGAGAAAAGUAUGAUUUAAUUAUUCAUGCUGGUGAAGGAGAAAACAGAAAGCAAUUCAAAGCGCAUACAUUGAUACUAACAACUCGAUCGAGCUACUUUAAAGCUGCAUUGUCUGAACAAUGGCUUAGAAAGACUGAUGAAUGUUACUAUUUUGAAAAGCCGAACAUUGAACCUGAGGUUUUUGAAAUUGUUCUAAAAUACUUGUACACUGGGCAUGUGGAUAUAACGAAAUGCGACGAUUCUACUAUUUUCAAACUGCUGCUAGCAUCCGACGAAUUGAACCUUGAUGAACUUCUUCAGUUUGCACUGGAUAAUCUUAUUGAAUCGAGAGCAACCUUCAUCUGCGCGCAACCUAUUCAUUUGCUCGCUUUAGUUUUGCGACUCGAGUCAUGCCGGAGACUUGACGCUUGUUUCGAAACAUGCUGUCAUAUGAAAUAUGCGAAAGAUGUAUCGGACAGGAGAGAAGAAGCAUGUCAUCUCAUUAGUCGAGAGUUGGAUAUACAUGAGGCAUCUGCUGCUGGUGACUUACAUAGGGUACAAGAACUAUUCCAGUUUCAUAGCGAAGGACGUUCCGAAGAUUUAUUUAUGUUUGCAAACGAUAUGAAAACGACUACUGGCCUCACGCCGUUGCAUUAUGCGGCUUCCAAAGGCCACUACGAAGUGGUAAAAUGGCUUGUCGAUACCGCAGGCGCUGUCGUUGAUUUGGAAGAUUUUACUGGAGAAACAGCACUUAUGAAAGCUUCGUUCAGAGGUUAUGCAUGCAUAGUAUCUUUCUUGCUUGAUCGUGAGGCUAAAGUGAAUCGGAAAGACUCUGAUGGAUGGACUGCACUUCAUAAUGCUGCGGCACAGGGCCAUCUUCGGAUCGCGAUGCAUUUACUUGAAAAUACAGACACCAUUGUCAACAUGGAAAAUGACCAAGGGUUCACCCCUUUGAUGAACGCUGCAGCACGAGGACAUUUGGAAAUUAUAGAAUAUUUGUUGGAAAUGAAUGCAAACCCGUUUGUCAAGAACGCGCACGGAGACACAGCAUAUGAUAUUGCAGCUAAAUCUCUAAACCGGCGUUUGUGUGAGACAUUGGAGGAGGGAGAACGCAAAUGGACGAAAAGAAACGGCGAACGCGAGCCGGCUUUUCCAUAUCAUAACGGGAAACUAUUGAUAGUUUAUGAGAAUCAGCGUGCGCCAGCAGGCAACGUUUUUCGAGGUUCACGUCACUUCUCGGAAUCGACACUUCUACCGAGUGAUCCUUGUGGUCCAUGGUCACUUCCGAACGGACAGCCCAUGACGAGAGCGAAUUUACUAUUGCCGUAUAAGAACUUGGGAUGGGCACAUACUAAGUGGGUAAUAGACAUGAGCGAGUCACAGUUAGAUGCGGAAGGAUGGCAAUAUGCCAAGGACUUUCAUGAUGACGUGUGGACAGCAUCGCCUAGCAGUAAGAGAGGAUCCUGUGUUAGAAGGAGAACACGGCUUUGUUAUAUGGGAUUGAGGGUCCCAGAUAUCUGA